CAAAUCGCAGUAUCAGAACCAGCAAUAAAGACUAUGUCGAAAGAUAAGAGUGAUCGCGAGUAUGACCUUGUGGUUGUCGGUGCAACGGGCUAUACCGGUACCAUUACCGCAACGCACAUCGCCGAGCACCUUCCAACGAACCUGAAAUGGGCUAUCGCUGGAAGAUCCGGCGUGAAGCUCGAGGCUCUGGCCGCAGAACUGAAGAAGCUAUCUCCAGAUAGAUUGCAGCCAGCAAUCGAGAUCGUAGAUGUUGAAGACAAGUCUAAAUUGAGCUCCCUUGUCAAAAAGGCAAGGGUGUGCAUUAGCGUUGUCUCGUACCAUCAUGUCGGGGCAGAAGUCAUAGAGGCGUGCAUCAAGAACCGGACAGAUUAUAUUGAUACUGCUGGCAGUGUACUUCAUAUACGAAAUUGGAUUGAUAAGUAUCAUAAAGCAGCCGAGUUAGCAGGCGUCGUUCUCAUCCAUUCCUGUGGCGCUUUCAGCGCCCCCCAGGACCUCCUCACAUGGGCAUCUGUUCGGGAACUAGCAAAAAAGUUCUCUAUGAAGACCAAGGAGCUAGUUUUAUCUGUGGUUAGCAUCGCAUCGGACCCAAGCGGCGGAACCAUCGAGUCGAUGAUGGAGCGAGGAGCCUUUGGAGCCGAGGUUCUGGAAAAAGCCCAGCAGCCGUGGUACCUGUCCCCAACUAUGGGCAAGCAAUCAUCGAACUCGACGAAUUUCUUCGGCAUGCGUCACGACUCGUUCCUCGGAGGCCUGUCGGCGAGCGCUAUAAACGCUGUGCAGAACAGAGCUGUCAUCCAUAGGACGUGGGGUCUGUUAGGCGGCGGCAAGGAUUACGGGCCAAAUUUUCAAUACAACGAGUACAAAAAGGCGUCGUCGACACUUGCUGGGGUGUUCCAGAUACUUAAUACCAGAGCGAUAGGGCUACUACUAACCAUUCCCCCCUUGAAGGCCAUUGCAAUGAUGUUCUUACCAGUUCCAGGCGAAGGCCCUGAUCUGGAGAAAGAAAAAAACUACCGGGUCGAGAUGGAAGCAGUCGCGAUCGCAGACGUAGAUGAUGACAAGGCGGCCCCGAAGGUAUAUUCCCACUUUGCUUAUCCAGGGGGUCCAUACCAUACAACAGGUGCAUUCCUCGCCCAAGGGGCGGCUUCGUUGCUCUACGUUAGGAAGUUAGAAGGCGGUGCUGUGGGUGGCUUACUUACUCCUGCUUUUCUGGGAGCGGAUCUUAUAGAAAGGAUUCAGGGAGUUGGAGCGGAGCUUAGCACAAAGAUAGUGUAAUUUUCAGACGUGU